AUGUCACGAGGAAACUUUGGAGCUCGCGGGGGCUCUGGACGUGGGCGUGGUGGAUAUUCAGGAAGGGGUCGUGGGGCUAUGGCCCAACCUCAAGGCCCACCGAGCCAUGUCCUCGAAAUGGGUUACUAUCUUCAUGAAUGUGAAGGUGAUAUGGUCUGUCGCUCGUCAAAUCCCAAAAUUCCGUACUUUAAUGCACCCAUAUAUUUAGAGAACAAGCAACAGAUAGGGAAAGUAGAUGAAAUAUUAGGACGAAUAGAAGAUGUUUAUUUCACAGUCAAAUUACAGGAAAACAUAUUGGCAAAAUCUUUCAAGUCAAAGGACAAGGUUUACAUAGCAGAAGAUAAACUUUUGCCAUUGGAGAGGUUCCUACCAAAAACACCAGUGCCCAAAGUUAAAGGUCCUAAAGGGAAAGGGGAUCGAGGACGCGGACGCGGGGGUCGCGGACGUGGUGGUCGCGGUGGAAGUUUUGGAGGUCGUGUUCACGCGGUGGAUUCCGCGGUGGUGGACGUGGUAGACGUUGGUAGACUCCUCCGACCCUCUCGCUUAAAAAAAAACAAUGAACAAAUUGCCGAAAUUCUUUACACGUUGUUCGACUUUGAAAUUUCGGCGCGUUUCCUCUCUGUUUCCAUUGUAUAUCUACGUCUCUCUUCCAAUGACAAGCUGAGUAUUCGAUGUCCUCUGAUUUGCACAAUUCCUCCAGAGGCUAACUCUCAAAAGGGAAAGCUCCUCCUUAAUUAUAAUUACUGUAGUUUAUGUGAGGAUCUUGAUACAUUAAAUAAUUCUAUAAAAGCUAUAAAUAAGAACAAGUUUUCAACUAGAGAUGGUGCUCUCCGUUUAUUCGCUCUCUCACCAUGA